UCUAAAACUGGGGGGGCUUAACCAAGAGGCCUAAUUGUGCUUUUGCGCAUGCGCCCAGUGCACGUUCAUCACCCGACUGCAUCCGUAUCACAAUGUCUCUGAUAGCGUGGCUGCGGAAAGCGCAACAACCGGAUGGAAGUGUAACUAACUAUCCCACUGGCAUUGACCAUGAAAGCAAUGUCUCAGGUGAAGAAGACGCCCAAGAGCACGCCCAAACUAGCAACGUGGCUGGACCAGCCUCUACAAGUUCUGAAAGCGGCCACCACUCUCACCAGCCCGACGCAACUGAUGCCUCCGAGACAAGACCGGUUGCUGGCGCCCAGCCUCAGCCCACCUUGAUGCCUUGGAGUCCUCACCAACCCUUGCUGUCCUUCCCAUAUCGCACAUUUGCUAAGCAGCAGCGAGCAUUCUGUUCUUCUUGGUAUAGAAGAUACCCGUGGUUGCAUUAUCAAGAAGCAGAUGACAAAGUCUUCUGCUUCUACUGCCAGGUGGCGGAGAAGAAGGACUUAGGCUCAGUUGCUCUGCGCGCUGGGAACUUGGACGAUAAAUUCGUGAGAACUGGCUUUACAGACUGGAAGAAAGCACUCACUAAAUUUGAAAAACAUCAGAAAUCAGUCUUUCAUCGUGAUGCUAUGGAUAUGGUGGUUGGCAAGGAACAGAAUGUUGGGCAAAUGCUAGGGAAAGGUUAUGCAGAAGAAAUGGUUGAGAAUAGGAAUAUGUUACAGAUAAUUAUUAGUUGCAUUCGAUACCUUGCUCGGCAAGGUCUCGCCAUGCGUGGUCGGUCUAAACCUGAAGGUAGUGUCGCUCUUGAAAGGGAUUCCAACUUAAUGCAACUCCUCAUUAUGCGUGCUGAAGACAAUCCGAGGCUCUGGAAAUGGUUAGACAAAUGCCAGGCCAAGUUCACAAGCCCCUGUAUACAAAAUGAAAUUCUCAGUAUCAUGGCAUUAAUGAUUCUGAGAGAUGUUGUUAGGAAGGUAUCGGGAAAGUGGUACACUAUCAUGGUAGAUGAAACUACAGAUUUGUCCAAUACUGAACAAAUGGUCUUCUGUCUUCGAUACGUAGAUGAUGAUCUGGAAGUCCAUGAGGAAGUAAUAGGGCUGUAUAGCUUAGACUCAACUUCUGCUGACUCUAUACUAGCAACAGUUCAAGAUAUCCUGUUACGCAUGAAUCUAAGGAUUGACCAUUGCCGAGGCCAGUGCUACGACGGCGCUAGUAACAUGGCAGAAGCGAAGUCAGGCCGACUCAGGAUGUGUUGA